AUGGUUAGUUAUAAUCGACAUCGUCGACCAGCUCAUAGUCCCACAGAACCGAUAACAAUUAAGCUUAAAUUAAGAUUAUCACAAAUUAUUGAUGUUCAUGAAAUUGAUCAAAUAAUGACAUGUAGUGUAUGGUUAAAGCAGGUAUGGAUUGACCCUAAAUUAUCAUGGAAUCCAAAAAAUUAUGGAGGGGUUAAUGUUUUGUAUAUUCCUUAUGAAUCUAUAUGGGUGCCCGAUUUAGUUUUAUAUAAUAAUGCGGAUUCAAAUUAUAAUAUAACAAUUAGUACAAAAGCAACACUUCAUUAUUCAGGACAGGUAACAUGGGAACCACCUGCAAUAUUUAAAUCUAUGUGUCAAAUAGAUGUAAGGUGGUUUCCAUUUGAUGAACAGACAUGUUUUUUAAAGUUUGGAUCAUGGACAUUUUCAGAAGAUUUAUUAAAUUUAGAAUUAUUAGAAGUUCAAACUAAAACAGUAGAAGAAAUUUCAUCAACAGGUGAGAAAGAAAAUGUAACAAUUGCUGAAGAUGGUAUUGAUCUUUCUGAUUAUUAUCCAUCUGUUGAAUGGGAUAUUAUGUCAAGAAUAGCUAAAAGAAGAGCAAAAAAUUAUCCUUCAUGUUGCCCAAAUAGUGGAGCUUACGUUGAUAUUAUGUAUUUUUUAAAUUUACGAAGAAAACCAUUAUUUUAUACUGUCAAUCUAGUCUUUCCUUGUGUUGGAAUUUCAUUUUUAACUAUACUUGUAUUUUAUCUUCCAUCAGAUUCUGGAGAAAAAGUAACCUUAUGUAUAUCUAUUCUUGUAGCAUUAACUGUCUUCUUUCUUUUAUUAACAGAAAUAAUUCCUGCUACAAGUAUUGCUUUACCAUUAAUAGGAAAAUAUUUAUUAUUUACAAUGGUUAUGGUAACAUUAAGUGUUGUUGUAACAGUAAUUGCUUUGAAUCUUCAUUUCCGUACACCUACAACACAUAAAAUGCCAAGAUGGGUAAAAAUUGUAUUUCUUAAAUGGCUACCAACAGUUUUAUUUAUGAGAAGACCCCUAGACGAUAGUGAUGAUAGUUUUAGAAGAAUGGGUAAAAAAGGUUUAAAAAAUAAAAAAGUUCCUCUUAACUAUCAUGAACAUCGAGUAUCAAGAGAAAUAGGUACUAUGUAUGCAAAUGCUCAACAAAAAAAUGAAAUUCAAAAAUUAUAUUAUUCUCCACCAGUUGUAAAAGCAUUUGAAAAUGUUUGUUUUAUUGCAGAGUUGUUAAAAAAGAAAGACAGAGAUGAUAAAGUUGAUGAAGAUUGGAAGUAUGUUGCAAUGGUAUUAGAUAGAUUAUUUUUAAUUCUUUUUUCAUUUGCCUGUUUUAUUGGUACAAUGUGGAUUUUAUUACAAGCUCCAACAUUAUAUGAUACAAGAGAAGCAAUUGAUCUUCAAUACAGGCCUGCCAAUAUGUCAAUUGAUUAA